UAGCCGCGUCUCUUUCUCGCUCGCUCGUGCAGGAUGGUGCAUUGUGUGCUCAGCUCACGCAGUAAAUGGUAAUGAGUUGAUCCCUUCCUUUAGGAAAGCAAAAUAAUGGACUCCCUCCACUUGCAAGACGAUAACGUUCGAGCAAGCGUCGAACAACGCUCUAUUUUUCUUGCCUUCAGAUCUUUUUCCGCGCGAAAACAUGAACACGAGUAAGGUGGCCAGUGAUUAAUCGGCGAUGUGCAUCACAACAUAAAAAUAUCAAUUGUAUUUCACACGCUUAUGCACCAUACAGAAGCAGUUUCUUUCAAACUGCAAAAAUGCGCUUGUUCAACAUUUUGAACGAAGCCAUUGACACUGCCAUUCCCGCGCUCGGAAUUCGAAAAAUCGUUAGACGCGCAACGCUGUUUAAUGUAAAACCGCGACUAGGACCGACUUGCUCCUUCGCAAAGCUAUUGUAAGCCAGUGCGAAUUUUUUCCACCAGCCGAAUCAAAAGAACACAAAUGAUCAUCAAAGCACGUUUUAAAGUCACCUACAGCUGCUUCUGAUUGUUAUUAGUAGUAUAUAUCGUUACUUAAAUUCUAUAUCUUACUUCCCUUUUUUUUUGUAAACAGAAUAAUCACUAGUGUCUUCGUAUAAGUUACAUUGUGUAAUUUAUUCUUUUAAUGAUUAUUGAUAUAUAACUUACCAAAAAUGGAUGACGAAAAAAAAAUAUUGAUCGAUGCCAUUAGAAGAGAACAGGCUUAUUUAAAAUCAGUGAUAAAGGCAGCGGAUCGUGAGGUUUUAGAUCAAAAGUCAAUCGAUUUAUCCGUGGAAUCAAGAAAAAUAGCUAAUGAAUAUUACUGUAAGAAAAAACACAGUUCUGAUGAUCAUCAUACAAUAUUUGAGUUUUACUGCAAGUGCAUUGCCUUUGCACCUAAUCAUUCGCAAGAACUCGCAAUUGGUUAUCAAAAUCGAUCGGCAUUUCUAUUUCACAUCGAAAAGUACGAACAUUGUCUGCAAGACAUAAACAAGGCGAUCAGUUUUGGUUUUUCAACACAGAAAAUAGAAAAAUUAUUGCUAAGAAAAGCUGAAUGUUUAAAAAUACUUGGAGAAAAUAAAGAAAAGAACUUAGAUACAAAAAGUAAACAUGAUAAAUAUGAAAAAGAUAUUUUACAUGCAGUCAAAAUUGAGUGUAAUGAAAAAUAUGGAAACCAUUUGAUUGCCAAAAAAGAUUUUAAUCCAGGAGAUAUUAUAUUUUCUGAGAAAAUUUAUGCUAAGUGUCUGAGUUUGCACAGGAUUUAUACACAUUGUUGUGUUUGCUUAUCAGUUUGUUGGUCUGGUGUUCCAUGCAAAAAUUGUUGCAAUGCCAUGUUUUGUUCUGAUAUAUGUCAAGAAAAGUCUAAACUGUUCCAUGAUGAAGAAUGUUUGCUGAUAACAUCAUUAUUAGAUUUUAAUGAAGAAAUAGUAGAUGAAUAUUCCCUUUCUAUUCGAUUAUUGACUUUAGCAAUUAAAGAAGCUGGAGGUUUAGCUGCACUAAAAUCUGAAUUUCAAGCCAAUUUGAAAUAUGCAGACAAGAACUGGAAAUUUGAUACAGUAGAUAAACAAUACUCUCCUGUGUUUCAAAAUUUAUUUAAAAUGUGUGAUAGUUACACUGUACAGGACACAAAUGAUCUGAAAAUAAUUAUGACUAUACUUGUUUACAUUUUAAAAAAAACUCAUUUGAUCAACUUUUUUAAAAUUAAUUCUCCUGAAGAUAUAUUAACCAACGAAGAUAUUCUAUUGAUUGGCUCUUUAUACAUAAAAUUUGUCAAGAUAAAAGCUGCUAAUGCUUACGAAUAUUCUGAUCCUCUCAUCAACCAACAAAGCUAUUUUCCUGAUAAUUUUGUAACAGAAGGAGAAGAAACACCUCACAGCAUGAGCAAAAUGAGAGGGGUUUGCAUAGCACAAAUAGCUAGUUUAAUUAAUCACAACUGCUUUCCAAAUGUGGGAAGAUACUAUACCGAAGACAACUAUAUUACCAUUUAUGCCUUGCUUCCUAUACAAAAAAAUGAGCAGCUUUUUGUCAGUUAUUGUUCAAUUUACUACUCAGCAUCCAAAUUAGAAAGAUCUGAUUAUCUCAAACCAUAUAAUUUUGAUUGCGAUUGUACAGCUUGUCAAAAGAAUUGGGCGCCUAAUUCUAUCUCAAGAUAUAAUAAGUAUUUGCAGGCACUAAAAGAUAAAAAGGUAUCUUCAUUGGAAAUAGAAAUUUAUGAAUGUGUAUUUCCAAUAAUAGAUAAUUAUCCAGGAAUCGUCAGAGAUAAAGAAAUAAAGACGUUAGCUGAGUCUUUAAAAAAACUUAUAGAAAAUGUUUCUUUACCAAAUCAACUAAUAGAAAUCAUUUAUUAUUAUUUGAAAAAGAUGAUAAUUGCUACAAAUAAUUUCAAGGAACUAGAAAUUUUAGUAUUUUGCAUUGUAAAGUGCCGAUUUUUCUGUAAGAGUGUGAAUUUGAAAUCUUAUUAUAAUAAUUAUUGUAUCAAAAUGGAAAAAUAUGCACCAGUACUCAUUGAAGCUUUGAAAUCGGAUAAAGUAACGACUAUAUUGGACGCGUGGGGUGAUCAAAUACGCACAAAAUCGAGCGAAGCUUUUAUUGAAGCUAAAAAAGAGGGCAACAAACUUUUUGUUUCAAAAGAUCACAAUUCGGAGAUACACGAAAAAAUUUGGAAGCACUAUUCUAAAUGCGUGGCGCAUGCACGAUCUUCAAACGAGUUUGCUCUUGCCUAUGGCAACAGAUCGGCCUUACUUUUUCACAUUGGAAAAUUUCGCGAUAGUGUUAGAGAUAUUGACAGAGCCUUGCAGCAAGACGUUUCUGACAGCUUAAAAAUAAAGUUACUUUGCCGAAAAGCUAAAUGUUUAGUGUUACUCAAUAUUCAUGACUUGGAUCCUUUGUCAGAAGCUAAAGAAUUAUUAAAAACAGUGAGCUGUCAAAAACAGAAUUUAACUUUGUCGAAUUUAGUUCUCAAAACUGAAAAGUUUUUAAUCGAUAAAAGGGAAGAUUUGUUUGAUAAACCAUGUGCAUCCAAUUUAGGAGGAAAAUCUCCAUGUUUCUUGAGUAGUUACUCGGAUUCGACAAUUCAUGAUGACAACAAAGAUCCUAUUCAAGAAGAAGUAAAACAUAUUUUAGAAAAAAAAAAUCAUUCUAAUGUGUUAGAUUUAGUCACUGUACAAUAUAAUCGCAAAUAUGGUAGACACAUGAUAGCUAAUCAAAAUAUUGCACCUGGAGAAAUAAUAAUAGUUGAAGAUAUAUAUGUUAAAGUAAUUAAUUUAGAGAAUAAACAUGUUUUCUGUGGUCAUUGCUUACAAACAGCCUGGUCAGGGAUUCCAUGUGAUUAUUGUACUUGGUGCAUUUUUUGUUCAGAAAAAUGUAAAGAACAAUCAUUACAACAGUACCAUAAAAAAGAGUGCCUAGUCAUCAGUUAUAUGCUGCACAUUGGUGCAAAUUAUACUGAUCAUCGAUUAGCAUUACGCAGUAUCUUAAUGGCUAUAAACGAAUAUGGAAGUAUUACUAAACUCAUGGAACGUGUAAAAGAACUUGAUAAUAUGAAAGAAGAAACAAUGAAAGGUAUUCAAAAUGGAAAAAAAAGUAGUAAAAUAUUUGAAGGCAUAUAUUCUUUGGCUAGUAUUGAUACCAAAGAACAGAUAGAUAAUAGUUUAGAUAUUACUAUUUUAUGUUUGAUUAUUUUAACUAAGACCUCUUCUUUAUUUGGCAAGAGUUCAAAUUUUUACAAGAAAGAGCACUUUCAUUCAAACGAGGAGAUAAUUUUCAUUGGUUACUUAUUAAUGAAACUGUUAGCAAUAAGUAGAAUCAAUGCUCAUUCUAUAAUGGAAGGUGUAGAUUGCAGACAUUCAAAAACAUCUACACAGUGCAGUGUAGAUUUAUGCUGUGAUAGAGGAGCAUGUAUAGCUACUUACUCUAGUCUUGUCAAUCACAGUUGUCACCCAAACAUACGAAAAUGUUUUACAAAGGAUAUGCAAAUUGUUAUUUAUGCUAUUCGACCGAUACAAAAAUAUUCACAACUCUUUGAUUGCUAUAUUGGAAGUUUUCAAGAAACACCUAAAGACACAAGACAAAGCAAAUUGAUUUCAACUUAUAAUUUUACAUGUAUGUGCAUUGCUUGUAAAAAUAAUUGGCCAAAUAUUCUGCUUGAUAAGCAUGCACUCACUUCAAUUUGUAAUCAAAGCGAUAAUAAAAAAGAACUGGAAAUUUUAGAAGAAUAUGGAAAUUUGAUGGAUUGGCAUGACUUAAAAUCUGAUCAGAUUGAUUUAAAAACAGUACAAAGAUUAUCUCAAGCUAUUGAAAAAUCUUCAAAAUUAUUAACUCAACCUUCAUUCAUAACAUCCAGGCUAAUGGCAUCAUUAGCCUCAACAAUUGAUUGUAUUUUUGGUAUAAAAUUGCAACUAACAGAUGAAUGCAUUGAUUCUUAAGUAGAAUUCUUUAUUUAAUCAAAAUAUCCAUUGUAAGCAAAUAUUUUCAAUGUACUUAUGAAAUAUGUUUUGGUAUGAAUAAAUACUAAAUAAAUUUGAUUUGUAAAAA